CUGAAGCAUCCAGAAGCAGAAUGCUUCACCGAGCUCGUCAGUCUGGCUUUCCUCUCGUCGACGAGCUCACAAUCUGUAGAUUCAUUGAGAGGAUCAAUCCUCGGAUAUGAAUACUGUCUCAGAGGCGGGGAGAUGCUGAUGCUGCGGCACGUUGCGUUGGAACUUCGAACCUGACUUCUGCUGCGACGAUGGUCACCACUAUGUUCAGAUUUCCUCUCCUACUCGUGCUUCUGUGUUUCUUUGUGUUUGGAGCAGGAGCGUCUCCUGUGCAGGCUAUCAGCAGUCACUACGGGCCUUCUCCUCUCGCUAAAUGGCAGGAGAAAGUGUAUCGUCAGCGGAUGGCCGCCUGCUUUCAAGACAUAGACAUUGGACUAUGGGGUGAAGCUUGCAAGGCAUCGGCCAUUGACAAGGAGAAUUGUGCUAUGAAAUGUUUAUCUCCUGAUUGCUACCAGUCCGUCUAUGGAAAUGAUCCAUUGGAGGAGGGCGAACUAGACUUGAAAAGAGGAAGAGAGUUCAGAUUUUGUGUCCGGAAGUCAGAGAAGGCAGAGAAUUAAAGAUUAUCGGUCCAACAGUUAUUGACAAUCGCUUUCUUUUACAGAAACUUCAGUUUUUUACAGCACAUGUUCGUGAAUAAUGAAUUUCUUAAAUGUACAUAUAGAAGCCUCCAUUAUGUACUGCUUAUUUUCGGUGGUUAUUAAGUGGGGCACUACAACAUAGAGCAAUGGCAGAUAUUUUGAAUGAAUAAAGCUGUACUCUUGGGCAA